AUGUCUGAGGAUCAAGAAGGAAAAUUGGCGGAUCUUUUGAAACUUUUGAAGUUAAACAAUGGCGAUCUAUCGAAGUUGACACAGCAGCAAAGGAAAGAGAUGAAAGAUUACAAGUUUUGGAGAACACAACCGGUCACGAAAUUGAAUGAAGCUGUGGAUCGUGAGGGUCCGAUUGAUAAAGUGAAAACGCCGGAUGAAAUUCGAGACGAACCACUACCGCUAUUGAACGAGUUUGAAUGGUGCACCGUAAACGUCACAAAUCAAGAUGAACUGGAAGAUGUUUUCGUUCUAUUGAAUGAGAACUAUGUCGAGGAUCGCGAUGCUUCUUUCCGUUUUAAAUAUACCCGUGAAUUUUUUAAUUGGUCGCUCAGAUCGCCUGGUUGGAAGUCUGAGUGGCACGUUGGGGUACGUGUUCGCGCUACGGGGAAACUGGUAGCAUUCAUAUCUGCUAUCCCGGUGGAUUUGAGAGUCAGAAAUAAUGCCAUUCGUGGUGUUGAGAUUAACUUUUUAUGUGUGCAUAAACAAUUGAGAGGAAAGAGGUUAACCCCUGUCUUGAUUAAGGAGAUUACGAGAAGAGUUAAUAAACACGAUAUAUGGUACGCACUUUACACUUCUGGCACUGUAUUACCCUCACCAGUAAGUGUGUGCCGUUACACACAUCGUCCAUUGAAUUGGAGUAAACUACAUGAUGUAGGCUUUACCCAUUUACCGAGCAAGACAACAAAGGCCCAGAUGCUUGCUACUUACGCAUUACCAAAGGAACCAGUAACUAAGGGCCUGAGACCAUUGCAAGAAAAGGAUCUGGAUGAAGUUCACGCUCUUUUCGAAAAGUACCAGGAGAGAUUUGAUCUCGUGCAGUCUUUCACCAGAGAAGAGUUUAAUCAUUGGUUUAUUGGUGGCGAAGAACAGAGCCAAAAUACUGAUCCUUCCAAAAAAGUAAUUUAUUCAUAUGUUGUUGAAUCGCCAGAAGGAAAAAUCACCGAUUUCUUCUCGUUCUACUCUCUACCAUUCACGAUUUUAAAUAAUUCCGUUCAUCAAGAACUAGGUAUCGGUUACUUGUUCUACUAUGCAUCAGAUGCAGAUCUGGCUUAUAGUGAUAGAUACGAUCCUGCUGCAACAGCUGCAUUGAAAGAGAGAUUGAACAGCUUGAUCAAUGAUGCCUGCAUCAUAGCGCGCAAUGUUAAAAUGGAUGUGUUUAAUGCCUUAACAUCGCAAGACAAUGCUUUAUUCCUUGAUGAUUUGAAAUUUGGUCCUGGUGAUGGGUUCCUAAAUUUUUAUCUAUUCAAUUACAAAACUUUCCCUAUUUCUGGUGGCCUUACUGAUGAUAAAAGUUAUGAUGCUCAGAAACGUAGUAAUGUUGGUGUUGUUAUGUUAUAA